CAGAACAGAGCGCUCAAUAUUCAAGAUUCUCUCGUUUGAUUAUCGUAUUACUUUCAGCCUACGCCUAGAAAAGGGCUAAUAAUCGUCCCUGUCUUAUUAUUUUCGAUUCUUCUUCUAGAGGUAGCGAAAACUCGAAAUUAAGUACGACGACGGAAGAAUGUCUUCCUCUGACCCCUUGGAAUCCGAACCCUCUGUCGCGGAGCGCGAACGUCAGGAUCGAGAGCACAGAGAAAAGGAAGCUGCAGAACAAGCCAAGCUACCCUAUAAAUGGACGCAGACCGUUGGCGAUGCAGACGUGACCAUUGUAGUCCCGGCAGAGGUCAGAGGGCGUGAUCUAGAUGUUGUCCUGACAAAAACAAAGAUCAGGGUUGGACUGAAGGGAAAGGAGCCCAUCAUUGAUGGUGACUUUCCUCACCCAAUUCAUGUUGACGAAUCCACCUGGACGCUUGAGCCCACUUCAAACCCUCCCGGAAAGGAGGUAUCCAUUCAUCUCGACAAAGUCAAUAAAAUGGAAUGGUGGUCACACAUCAUCACCUCCGCUCCCAAGAUAGAUGUCACCAAAAUCCAACCAGAAAAUUCCAAACUGAGCGAUCUAGAUGGUGAGACCAGGAGCAUGGUUGAGAAAAUGAUGUACGACCAGAGACAGAAGGAGAUGGGAAAGCCAACUAGCGAUGAAGAAAAGAAGAUGGAAAUGCUAAGAAAGUUCCAGGAACAGCAUCCAGAAAUGGAUUUCUCGAAUGCGAAAAUUGGAUGAAUCAAAAUUAAGUCUCUGGAUUCAAAAGGAUGAUAUCAGUAUGUAAGCGACUAUUUGAAAUGGAUCUCUUGUGGUUAAGCAUAGCGGGUGAAAAUCUAUUGUUUUAUGUAUUCUCAUCGUAUGUGAUUUCGUCGAGGCGCGUUGCGCGAACCUAUAAAUUCGAAACUCGCUAUCGUACAUUCUA